AUGGUUAUCGUCGAGUACGUCGACGAGGCCUGGGCCGCAUCCGGCCGCGCCAUCCGCACGACCGAUCCCUACGACCGUGCUCUCCAUCGGUUUUGGCCCGCCUACAUCGACGACGAGGUACGAGUUGCACCUCGCAGGCCAACAUUGUUCUGCUUGGCGUACCUCAAUAUCGCCCUCGGAUGCUUCUUAGGGUGGAUGAAGGCAUACGAGAAGGUAAUUGGUCUUCGGUUCGUGGACGAGAAGAAGACGCCGCUGCUCGUGGGGUGCGCGGAGCGGUUCUGCUCCCACGAGGCUGUGAAGGACUUGAUGCCAAAGGGGAAGGUCUCCGCUGCCAACCGAAUGGAGCUUCCUAAGAACCUCGAUGAAGGAACAAAAGUACGAUAG